GAUUGUGUGAUUGAAAGACAGCACAAGAGAGAGAUAGAGAGUGAGUGAGCUAGUGAGGGCGAGCAUGAGUAUGUUUCUGUGUGUGUGUGUGAGUGUUUAGUAAGCACAAAGAUAAACAUAAACAGGCUGCGAGUGAAAUGAGUGAAAACUGAGCCCAAAAAAGUGCAAAAAAACAACAGAAAAAUAAAAGAAAAAACAAUGUACUGUGUUUUUUGGGGCCGUGGCAUUUCGUGUGCUGUCUGCUUUUUGGAUUGUUUGAUAGUUGGAUUGAAUCAAAAUUGCAAAAGUGCCAAUAGUUGUUGUGGAUGAUGGUGCUGUUACAUAAAGUCAAACAAUCACUAAACAAACGUCAAAAAUAUCUCAAAAAUGAAAAAAUCCCCUAAUCAAUAACAAACUGAAAAUAUUAUAUGCUAAAAAAACAGAGCAAAGAUUAACUGGGGUAUUCCCCCCGGUCAUAAUUAAAUGUACUAUAUAAGGUCGAAGGUCGUUAAGCGAGUAGCGUAUAAUUUGUGUACAACACGAACGUCUCAGGCCACCGCAUUCACUCUUGUCUAGGGAAACAAACAAAUUGCAAAACAAACAAUAAUUUAACGCAAUCUAAUGACGUCGUAAUUAAUGCCCUAAUGUGAAAUUUCACUGGAAGUUUCUCGCUCACUGAUUUCACUUUAGAACAUUUCUCAAUAUUUAAUUAAUUAUUAACCUAAUUUUUGCAAAGAUUUUCAAUCGAUCGGAUUUGUUGCCGUUUGCCACAAGAAGUUGUAAUAUUGUUGCGGCUCACACACAUACACGAAAAAUGUAUCUAACAGAUUGUUGUUUAUCUUACAGUGCGCGGGCAAAAUGCAAUAGUUAUAGUGCAAAUAAAUUGUUGACUAACGAACACUAAUCAAAAAAAAAAACAACAAAGAAGAGAAACUCGAUUUGAUUGAAGAAACAAAAAAGUUAUAAAAACAAAUCACAACAAUUAUUAUAAUAAUCAACAAUAAAAAAAGUGCAACAAAUGUGCAAUAAAAUAAUAAACAUUUAAAUAAAUAACGAGUUUACAAACGCCGCUGUGUUCAUUGCUUUUUUGUUGGCAAUUAUUAUUGUGCGAUGCAAAACAUUUUUGAAUUAAUUAUUAUAAAUCGCCAGCUAGACACUAGAAUGGCAUAACAAUUUAUUCAACAAAACGUUGCUGCAAUACAUUAUACAAAAAUAAAAAAAAUAAACAUUCUCAAUUAAAAUAGCUAGUAAAAGUUGAAAAUAUAAAAAUAAAACGGUUUGCUGUGAAGGAUUAUAAAGAAUUUUUGCGCGUUUAUUGACUAUAAACACACAAAGUGGAGAAAACAUUCCCAGUCAUGGUGAUAAGCUUGUGCUAACUAGCCCCCAAGAAUAAAAACAAAAGACAAGGCAUUUAGCAUGGUGCGACGUAAUGUUGCCGAGCAACAGAACACCAUUAACAACAACAACAACAACAACAACAGCACCACAAGCCACAACAACAACAACCACAAUCACAGCAACAACAGCAAUGCGGGCAGCUGCUCUUCAAAAGCAUCGUCAACGGCGAGUUUAAAUAGCAUCACGAACUCAACGUCGCCACCUUGCAACAUUGUCAUGUUGCAGGCAGCCCCAUUGCCAGCAGCUGCCGCUGUGCAGCAGCAACAUUUGGUAGCAACGGCAGUGAGACCAGCACCACAGCAACAUCCACAACAACAGCAGCAACAGCAGCAACAAUCGCCAUCGGACGGUUCAAAUUGUUCGCUGCCAGCGUCGCCGCCGUUGCUGCAACAGACGGCGACGCCGCCGCAGGGUGCACAAUUGGUGCCGCCAGUGUGUGCGCUGCAUCAUCCACAACAGCAACUGGCUCUGCUGGCGGCCAUGCAACAUCAGCAUCAUAUGCUGCAAGCACCGCCGCCACCUCAUGCAGGACCACAUCAACAUCAACACCAACACCAUCAACAGCAGCAGCAGCAACAACAACAACAGCAGCAGCAGCAACACCAUCAACAGCAGCCACAUGAGAACGGACAUGGCGGCAUCUCGCCCAAUGGCGGCUCUGGCGGCAGCUCUGCCAGCAGUGUGAGCAGCGUCUCCAGCAGCAAUGGAGGAGGCGGUGGCGGAGGCGGAGGAGUUGGAGGUGGGAACAGCACAAAUGGCAUUGGACCGCCAGUGGCAGCUGCAUUGCCGCCUGGACCGGUCUAUAUACAAUAUCCCGGCGAAUUCUUUCCAUCGGAAUACUAUAUAGCGCCGCAUCCGCACGAGGGUAUCUGUCCACAGCAUCCGCAUCACCCGCAUCCGCAUUCGCAUCAGCAUCAGCAUCCGCACGCGCAUCAGCAUCAUCAUCAGCCCAUGUGCGCCAUCUCGGCGGAAUAUGGUCCAACACCCGUUCAAAUGGUUUCUCACAAUCGACCGCCGCCGACAAUGACGGUGCCGGUGCAAGUGCCGCCGUACGUCAACGAGAAUGGAACACUAACCCACGUGGUGCUGCCACCGCAGCAAUACCAACAAUUGCAUCCCGGACAGGCUCAUCUGCAUGCAGCACCAUUUAUAAGCGCCAAUGGUACUUCGCAUUUCUAUACGCCCUUGCCUGGCUUCCCACCUGGACCAGGACCAGCUGGCAAUGGACCACCCCACUAUCAUAUGCCAGCGCCGCCGCCGCCACCAACAGCGCAGCAGCAGCAGCAGGCCACGUCCACAGGCAGCACAGGAGCGGCAGGAGGAACAACAACGUCAUCACAGUCGCAUUUACAUUCCCCGCACUCGCCAUCGCCGCCCAACUACAGAGACGAGCGCAGCCAGCGGCAGCACACAAAGUUGCUGCGCAAGUUGGAAAAGCAGCGCGAGCUGAACUCUGCCAUGUCUACGCCCACGCAUUCGCCAUCGCCACGACGCAACGACAUCAAUGGACAUCACAACAACAACAACAUUCCAAUGGCACAACACAUGCACAACAAUGGACGUCGUAUAGCGCAGCAACAACAACAGCAGCAGCAACAACAUCAACUGCACCAGCAGCAACAACAACAGCUUCCACAACAGCAACAACAACAACAACAACAACAGCAGCGCAAUGGCCACGUUCCUAAUCGCGGUGGCAACUCUGUGGGCACCUCAGAGGAUGGCGAAGACAACUCAAGCUUGGCCGCCGAAGAUGAGGAAGACUAUCAGUCGUCGAUUGUCGAACAAAUCUCGGCCAUUGAGAAACCUGAUGUUAUCGAAGUCAGUUCGAGGUCGGCGAAAAUCAUUUGGGUAUCGCCAGCGAUCACAGAUGCCAUGCUGGUGGAUCUGCAGGAGCUGCGCUACGAGGUGCUGCUCAGCGACACGGGCAAACAGUGCAAAUACAAGAGUCUCUAUCGAGGCGAGGCAUACGAGUGCAUUGUGCAGGAUCUGCAGCCGGGCCAGGAGUAUCUGGUGCGUCUGCAGGUGCACUACAAGCAGCUCCAGGGAAGCGUCAGCGAACCCACCGAGUUCAAGACACCCGCCUGCGAACCAGAUCAACCUCUUGCCCCCAAACUGGUGUCGCGCACCAAGAAUUCGAUCAAUCUACGCUGGACAGCGCCCUCCUACAAUGGCGCCUUCAUCCAGCACUAUCUGCUGGAGUAUGACGAGGGAAGGGGCAAUGCGCUACAGUUUGUGGAACUGGCCAAAACGAAGACCAAACACUAUUUGAUUAGCAAGCUGCAACCGACCACCGUUUACAGUUUUCGUCUGGCCGCCGUCAACGAGGUGGGCCAGUCGCUGUACUCGCCAGUGAUUAGCUACAGCACUGCGGGCAAUCCACCCACAGCGCCCAAGCCUCCCCAGCUGCAGGCAUGCACGGCGAGCACGCUGCGUCUGGUGUGGGAGCGUCGAGCCCAAGACGGCGACUUUCUGCUGCAGCUGCAGGACCUCGAAUCGGGUCAUGGCUACAUGAACAGCUACAAGGGCAGCGACACACACUACGAUUGCCUGCAGCUGCGACGCGCCACCAGCUAUCAGUUUCGAUUGCGUGCCGAGAACGAUGCCGGCGUCUCGCCCUGGUCCGCCGAGGUCAGCUACAACACAGCCGCGGAGCGUCCUGGGCGACCGGGCAAACCGCAUGCCAAAGGCAAGCUGCAUGGCACACACUUUAAGGCGCGCUGGGAGGCGCCUGCGGACACUGGUGGCGCCGACAUCUUGCGCUAUCACCUGGAGUUGAGUGCGGGCGCCAAUUUUGAGCGCAUCUAUACGGGCAGCGAAACGGAAGCGAUGUGCGAGCGUCUGCAGCCGGGUACCACGUACCAGUUGCGUGCCUGCUGCGAAGGACCUGCUGGUCAGAGUCCCUUCUCGGACAUUGGCAACGUGACCACCGAGGCGGUAACGCCCACAGCGCCACCUCCACCGCAUUGCGAUGCGCCGCCCACGCCUUAUGCGGCGCUGUUGCGCCUCAAUCAGCCGGAGUACAAUGGCGGUGCCCCGGUGCUGGAGUUUGAGACCCAAAUGCGUCAGCUGGACGAGGCGACGCCCAAGAGCGUGUAUCGCGGCAAACAGGACUAUUUUGUGGCACAACAACUGCAGCCCGGCUGCAUCUAUGAGGUGCAAGCGCGUGCCAUCAAUCGCAUUGGCGCUGGCAACUGGUCGCAAUGGAUGCGUUUCACAGCAGCCGCCGCACCUCCCGGCGCACCUGAAGCCCUGCAAGUGCUGGUGAAAUCGGCCACACACUUGAGCGUCAGCUGGCAGCCACCACAGGUGACAAAUGGUUCCGCGGUGAGCGGUUACAAUUUGCAGAGUGCCAGUCAGCAGUGUGAGGAACCCGAAGCGGAGCCAUCGAGCACACAGUUCCAUGGCUGCUACCAGGGAGCCCAGACGAAUGUGGAGCUGCGCAAUCUGUUGCCCUACACACGCUACUAUCUGCGUGCGCAGGCGAUCAAUGCCGCCGGCUCGGGGCCAGCCACCGAGGUGGUUUGCGUCUCAACGCCAGCUGCUGUGCCCGGUGCACCACAGAUGCAGGGCUACGAGUUCACUGCGCAAGAGGUGACACUCAACUGGACACAGCCAGCGACGCAUGGCAGCGAGAUCUGCAGCUAUAACAUUGAGUAUGGCGAGCGUACGAUUGCCACGCCAGAUGCCUGCACCCGUUACACCGUUGUGGAUCUAACGCCCGAGACGAGCUACAAGUUCCGUGUGCAGGCGGUAAAUGCCAUCGGUGCGGGAGCCUUUAGUGCCUAUGCCAAGUUGACAACGCAACCGGCGCCGCCUUCGCCGCCACGUCUGGAGUGCAGCGGUGCGGGACACAAUUACAUCAAGCUCAAGUGGAACGGCAACAACUCGGUAUCAUCGGCGCCUGGAGUCGACUUUACCAAGUACUUUGUGGAGAUGUAUGUGGCGCGUGCCAAGCAAUUCCAGAGCGUCUAUGCGGGCACCAAUAGCAUGUGCAAGAUCCACAAGCUGCAGGAGCGCAGCAGCUACACAUUCCGCAUCUAUGCGCACACCGAUCGUGCCGGCGAUGGUGACUACUCCGAGGAGUACGUCUUUGCCACCACUGCCACACUGCCGGCAAAUAUUAAAGCACCUCGCGUCGUGCCCGACAGCAGUGUCUGUGUGAUGGAUCAGGCCGGACAGCUGGCGAUGCAGCUGACACUCGAGUGGCAGCACUCGAAGAACAGCUUCCACGAUCGUGUCGAGUAUCAGUUGCAGUAUGCAGUGGUCACCGCUGAACUGGAUGCCCUCGAGUCGCCCAAGACGCGUGGCACGAACGACAGCAACGUGGCGCCCAUUGCGCUGAGCAAUCAGGAGUAUCGACAACUCUAUCAGGGUCCCGAGACCAAGUUCACCAUUGACAAUCUGGCUGCGGGCACCUGUUACCAGUUUCGUGUCUGCGCUGUGCGUGUCACAUCAUCAGGCGAGCUGUUCCCCGGCCAGCCGUCGACAGCGCUGCGCUAUCGUGUGCCCAACGAGCUGACGGCCAGCCCCUUGGCCUGCCAUCAUUUGCAUGGCGCCAAUGCAGCGGCUGCGCCCGCCCAGCAGCGCAACAGUCGCAAAUUGUCGGCGAGCAAUGGCUCCAACAUCAAUGGAUUGCGUUCGGUGAGUGCGUCGGCCAUCAGCGGCAGCUGUGGCGUUGGCGCCGAUCCACAGGCGAUUAGUCGCCUGCAGAAUGAGCUAUCUGGUGGCGGUGGCAGUGCAACGUUCAAUGCAUGCGGCGAUCCACUGCAUCAUCACCAUCAUCACCACCAUCAUCAUCAGCAUCCGCAUCAGCAUACGCAUCAGGCGUGUCCCGUUGAACUGGCCACCGGUAAUGGCAAUGGCAACGGCAACGCAGCAUCAGCAGCAUCCAUAGCACCAUCCUCCACACUGCAGUUGCGCGGCAAUAGCGUGGCCGCGCAUCAUAUGCAUCAUCAACAUCAUUUGCAUCACUCGCACAUGCAUCAUUCACACUAUGCGCACGCCUCGGUCGGUGCAGGAGCGAGCAGUGGCAACGGUGGCAAUGGCAGUGGCAGCAACAGCAGCGCCAGCAGCAGCAGCUACAGCUACAACAGUCUGGCACAUGGCGGAGCAGUGCGUCGGGUCAUCUCUAAGCUGACGGCACUCUACUACAAUCGCAAGCGAUUGACGGAUCAACAGAAGGCGGUCUUCUUUGUGGUCUCCUUUGUGUUUGUCACCUUCCUGGUCGCCAUGCUGGUGCACAUGCUCUGGGGCUAGAAAAGAGAGAAGGAGAAAGAAAGAGAGAGGAGAGAGAGAAUAGAGUAAUAGUAGGGGGAAGCACACUUGAUGUUUGAUGUCUCAAAUAAGUGAUCGUCGAUUGCCUAGUAAUUACACAUUGUAUUUGUAUUUUUAUAUAUAUUAUAUGUAUGUACGUAUACGUAACGUGUCAACAACCAACCUGUAAAUUGCCUAAACAAAACGAAAGAGAAAACAUCCAAGAAAAAUAUGUAAGCAGAACACUCACACAUACCUUUACAACUUUAGCCAGAACUGUAUUAAAUGUACACACAAUACUAUAAUGGAUCAUGAUGAUGUUGAUUAAGAUGAUGAUGAUAAUGAUGAACGUUCCCUUUUUGCCGAGAUCAAAACAAUUUACAAUUACCAAUUAAUGAAUUAUUCAUGCAUGCAUACAUACACACAUGCAUAUACGUAAAUGUUUUGUAAAUGAUAUGCUAUUUACUUAAAGAAUCUACAAUAUACAUAUACAUCUCUAUAUAUAUAUAUUUAUAUAUGUAUACAUACAUAUAUAUAAUUGUUUGUUACUAAUCGAAUCACAAACAUAUGCUUCUAUGUAUAAUAAUUAAUUUACACAGACACACACACACAAUCACACAAAUCUCUCCAUAUGUGCUAUAGCAUUCAGUGCAACAACAAAAACAACAACAACUAAUUCUCAAUGUAUGUGUACAUAAGAAAAACAAAACAAACCGAUAACAACAACAAAUUAACGAAUAAUGAAGAAAGCGAUUUAAGUAUAAUCGAGAAACUUUUUAGAAAAACCACAAGAAAGCGCCUAUCGAUAAUCGAUAACUUGUUGCAUAUGUACUAUAUAUAUGUAUGCAUGUAUGUAUGUGUGUGUGCGCUGCAUGUUACUAAAAGCUAAUUGCUGCGAAACUUGUUAAAUGCAAAAAAUCCGAAUAACGAAAAGUAUGAAUUUAUUAGUCUCUAUUCCUAGUAUACUAUACUACUUAACUGCAAUCGCAACUGCAUCCAAAAUACAUUUGUAUGUAAGUAUGUAAUGUUUACACAAAUUACACAAUUUACAAAUUGUUCUCUCGAUUUGCCAAUCGCUAGAUAAACGUCCUUCCUCUUCCGACAGCGCAACCAGCUUUUUUCAUUCUUCAUAAAACCAAAACAACUAUUAUCCCAAAUUUAUUACGAUAAACAUUAUAAAACGAAACAAAAAAUGAAAAAAAGCAAGCCUCAAUUCGUGGGCUGCUGCAUAAUAUGCAAUACGAAACAAAAUAGUAAUAAUAAUGAAAAGAAAAAAAUAAGAUAAAUUGUACUAACCAAUUAUUCCAGAGCUUACAUGAAUAUGUUGUCGGUGUUAAUGUCAUGUUAAUGCAAAAUCAAAAAUGAUAAAACAAAAAACCAAAAUUAUUGGUCAAUUUUUGACUCUCAUCCAUGUGCGUGCUAUACACAUAUAGCCAAUCCCAACUAGACAAGGCUCUCAAAUCUACACACACACACACACACACAACUCACACACUCUUAUAAAAAUACACACUAUACAAGAAAAAUACAACAAUUUAAGAAAAGAAAAUAUAGUAUAUAAUGCACUUAUAUACUACAUUUUCUUUUGCAUGUUUAUAAAUAUAUUUUUUACACAAAAAAUACAAAAAAAAGAAAAACGAAAACAAAAAACAAAAGAAGAUGAAAAUAUUUAGUAUAUAUAUGAUGAGAAUAUAUUUGAAAUUUAUAGCCUAAUGCAACGCAAAGUGAUUUAUAUUCCAAUUAUUAUUAUUUUUCUAAAUAAAUAAAUUAAUGUAAUCGUUUCUUUCCAUAGUUUAAUAUAUAUAUACAUAUAUAUAUAUUAUAUAUGAAAAAUCGAAAGAAUAAAUUUAAAACAACAAAACAAAACAACAAAAAUGCAAAAAAACAAACAAAAAAUACAAAAAACAGAAAAAGAAAAAACACAAUAUGUAUGUUUACAACGGUAAAUGGUUACAAUAUAUAAACGUAUAUAUAUAUACAGAUAUAUAUUAGCAAAUUACUGUACUCUUUGUCGAUUUAUUUGUUUAUUAUACAUACAUACUUACAUAUGUCAUACAAUGCAACAAAUUAUACAAUUUAUUUGCAAAAGUAUACAUAUAUAUGAAUCAUUUCAAAUAAAUGCGAUAUACAAAUACCUUAA